AUGCCGCUAAAAACUACCGGGGAUGUGAUUCGAAUGCGUCUCGCCAUCCCUUUCCUUGCCAUCACUUGGCUGGCCCUCGCCGGUCUCAGUUCGGCCACUGUACGCUUUGCGGUCAUCCUACAAGACCGCGCAAAAUCCGACCUCGCUCCCUCAAGCAACUCCAUUCUGGACAUCACGUUCGAAACCCUCAUGGACAACAUCGUCGUGGGCAUGGUGAUCGUGGCCCUCAUCGCAGCGUCGUUUUCCAUCUUCGGGAUCACCCUUGUGAUCCACCCAAAAUGCCUGCGCGAAGACCGCAAGUAUCGACUCUACUACGUCUGUACUCAACUCGUCGUCGGCUUUAUCGUUCUAUCCUUGGGGGGCUAUGUUGCCAGCCACGUUCACGGUUUUCGGACAUCAUUUGGGUUAUUUGCCAGCGAGGGCUAUUUCCCAUACUACAAGAUUAUGUAUUAUGGAGCCGUUGGCCAGGCGGCUUUCGGAGUUUUGGCGGUCAUUAUGUCUCUCGUGCCUUUUACCAUAUGCGCCUUACGCGGACACUAG